AACGUUCUGGCUGGAGCACUCUUUGGGCCGUGGACCGGGCUGGCACUGUGCUCGGCCCUGACGUCUGUGGGAGCGACCUUCUGCUACCUGCUCUCCAGCGCGUUCGGAAAGCAGUUCGUCAUCUACUACUUUCCUGACAAAGUGGCACUGCUGCAAAGAAAGGUGGAAGAGAACAGGAGCUGCUUAUUUUUCUUCUUGUUGUUCCUGAGGUUGUUCCCCAUGACACCAAACUGGUUUCUGAAUCUCUCGGCUCCCAUUUUAAACAUCCCUGUGUCCCAGUUCUUCUUCUCCGUUCUGAUCGGUCUUACACCAUAUAACUUCAUCUGUGUGCAGACAGGAGCCAUUCUGUCACAAAUCACCUCUUUGGAUGCCAUUGUCUCCUGGGACACGCUGCUCAAACUGCUUGCGAUGGCUGUGGCAGCAUUGAUACCAGGGACCCUCAUCAAGAAAUACAGCAAGAAGCACUUGAAGCUGGAUGAGGACAAGCACACUCAGUUACUUAAUGGCAAAAAGAACUUGUGAUGGCUCAGGUGCCCCUGAUGUUUGGGGACCGCCUCGCAAAAGCUGCAGGUGUGUCUUCCUCUGGGUUAUAUUCUGCAUGCUCUGUGCCACUGUGGACCAAGGACAGUCGCAGUUUUUAAUUGUUCUUCUCGUCUAAGAGGAGGUGUAAGGUUCUUAUUUUUAAUGAAUGUUUAACUGUGCAUGUAUCUGCACGGAGA